UCAUGUUUAAUAUUAGAUUAUACACUGUGCGCAUUGUGUAAUAUAUUAGUAGUAGUUGCUUAUACCUACUACAGUACAAAAGAGUAGUAUAAAUUAUAAUACUACGGUUUACGUCUCUGUACUAUUCUCUGACUCUGACUUCUGAGUACCCGUAUUAUAUUACUCUUUGCUUCUGAGUCUCUGGAGCUAACGUUAGGUGGCUACACUGUAGUGUAUAAAACAAGUAGGUACCUAGGUAUAUAUAUAUUUAUAGGUCUAAAAUUAUCACCAUCUAAUAUUAGAUGUACGAAUGUUAUCACGUCUUUUACUAAGAGAAUUACGCCAUUACUUUAUUAAAAGAAGAUACGUAACAAUAAAUCAUAACAAUAAAACAAGAAAAAUGUCGCUUGAACAAGCUAAACAAGUGGCGGCUUAUCGUGCUGUCGAUGAAUUCGUAAAAAGUGACUGUAUUUUUGGCGUAGGAAGUGGUUCCACUGUAGUUUAUGCAGUACAGCGUCUAGCAGAAAGAGUUGAAACAGAAAAUUUAAAAGUAGUUUGCAUUCCAACCUCAUUUCAAGCGAAACAAUUAAUCAUAAAACAUAACCUAACCCUAGGAGAACUCGAAACUAAUUCCGUUAUUGAUGUUACUAUCGAUGGAGCUGAUGAAGUUGAUGCAAAUAUGACAUUGAUAAAAGGAGGAGGGGGCUGUUUACUCCAGGAAAAAAUUGUUGCCUCUUGCUCUAAGAAACUUAUUAUUAUAGCAGAUUAUACAAAAGAUUCUCAGAAAUUAGGAGACAGGUAUAAAAAAGGAAUACCAAUUGAAGUUAUUCCCAUGGCCUAUGUGCCAAUAAAAAACAAAAUUAUUGGAAUGUUUGGUGGUGAAAUAAAAUUACGUAGCGCAAUUGCUAAAGCAGGGCCGGUAGUAACAGACAAUGGUAACUUUUUAUUGGAUUGGAUGUUUACAAACCAAGACAUGGACUGGGAGAAAGUUAGCUCUAUAAUUAAAAUGAUUCCUGGUGUGGUUGAAAUUGGACUGUUUGUUAAUAUGUGUCAAAAAGCAUAUUUUGGACAACCAGAAGGCACAGUUGUUGAACGAACUGUAUAAUGUUCCUAGAAAUAUAAUAUCUAAGUGAAUCUCUUUUUUAUAAUAUAACUUUUAUAUUUGUUAA